AUGCUCUAAUAAUAGGAUACCAUUGCGGCAUACAAAUAGCGGGCCCGCGUAGGCAAAUUAAUGCCUAUCAUCAGGUUUGCACCGUUCACGUACGAACAGUGCCAUGCUUCGACCUGCACGUAGUAUACAUGACCUUCAUCGAACAAAGGGCACGCUGCCGAUACUUCAAAAGCCUUUGCACUGAAUAUCUGUAGAAUACAUGUAGUUCAAACAUGGCGUUCAUGAAGAGUGCUAUCCUGGUCUGUGUGACUGCGGUGCUGACGGUGUACCUACCGCAACUCUGGAUUAAGACUCGUCCCAUCAUCACUGCAGGAACUGUACAGCCUGGAUUCGAACCGGUGACCAAACUCUUCAGGGAGAACUUCGAGAAUGGAGUAGAAUACCCAACGGGUGGUUCGGCAUACUCGGUGUACUACAAAGGGUCAAAGGUCGUCGACAUCUGGGGAGGCUACGCGGACAGUGAGGCAGGACGGCCAUGGAAGGAGGACACUUCGACUAUAGUCUUCUCAGCUACAAAAGGCAUGGCUGCUUUGUGCAUGGCUGUUCUGGUGGACAGGGGUCACCUUGACUACGAUAAGACCGUGGCUUCCUAUUGGCCAGAAUUUGCCCAGAAUGGCAAGGAGAAAAUCACAGUGCGUUUGCUCCUGAACCACGAGGCUGGUCUAUCUAAAAUCAGCGGCAACGAUACUCUUUUGGCAGACCAAGAUGCGUUGGGAGAAUUCUUGGCGCGGUAUGCCCCCGAAUGGGAGCCAGGUACGGCGCAGAAAUACCACACGAUGUCCUUCGGUCUGUACGCCAGCCAGCUCUUGAGACGCGCCGACCCCAAGCACAGGACACUGGGCCAGUUCUUCAAGGAAGAGAUCGCUCAGCCAUUCGGCAUUGAUUUUCACAUCGGUUUCCCUUUGGAAUUGUACCACCGGUAUCCGCGUUUGUCCUGGGCCAGCGCUUACAUGUGGUUCAAGACGGCAAUAACCAGUCCGAUGGUGCGCAAAUUCUUCUGGGAUAUGCUGAUGAGUAGUAACCUGACGAUUUCUCAGCCAAUGCAGUUCAAUGAACUCAUGUUCCCCGAGAUACUAGCCCUCGAACAGCCGUCGGCCUACGGAGUUGGAACGGCCCGUGCUCUCGCUAAAGCCUACGGAAUAUUAGCCAACGGUGGAGCCACGUUGAAAGGUCAAAAGUUACUUUCUGAGGCCAUCAUCAAAAAGUUUAUGGAUGAGGUAUGGGCCGGAAGUCCAGUUGGGAUGGAGGGACUAGGGGUUGCUUUCAACCUAGGAUUCGGUAUCGAAAAGGAGACAAAACGGUUCGGCCAUGCAGGAUUAGGGGGCAUGCACGGUAUGGCCGACCCUCAACGCAAGAUCGGCUUCGGCUAUGUCUCCAGCUUCCUGUCCACGUACACCAUUGGGAGAGACCACCGCUUCCACCCACUGCUAGAGGAGACGUACAAGUGCAUUGAGAAAUUGGAAGCAAAAUAAUCGUCUCGUGGUGAAGAUGUAGGGAAAAGGUUUUGUCGUGUGCUUGGCGGCUGUUCGAGGAUCGUUAUUGCUCGUGUUGCGAACAGUAAAGCAAACAAACGAGAGUAAAACAUAUAGCGCUUAAACUAGUAAAAAAAAAGGUUUUUACAAAAUUAAAAUGACAUUAUAGAGGUGUAUAAAAUCUUUUAAAAACGUGAAAAGUAUAAUAGAAAGUAAAAUGGAAGUAAAUUAUGUUAAAUCUAAGUAUACAUGCACAACAAAUUAGCACUGCAGUAAUUAGUUGUGGGUCGUUGUUGUGGUAAAGAAGUUUUAACCAAGGUUUUAAGAUGUCUGGGAAAAAUAAUACAGCCCUCGGGUUUUUUUUAAUUGUGUUACUUGUUUUCAUUUGUUUAGUUUAAUUGCAUUUAAAUAAUCUUGGUAGAUUUUAGCUAUAAAAGAUUAAUUGUUACGGAACUCCGAACAAAACAACGCUUAAUUACGUUCAGAUUUCUUUUGCUAGUGUUUUGGCUUUUUUUUGCCAGAGAAAGUUUUGUAUUACAUUCUCAUUAAGACAAGUAUAGAUGAUUUCUUUGUUCUCUACAGGGAUAGUAAACAAAAACCCGAAACCCAAAUGUCGAGAU